AGGAUGAAAGUAAAGGAAGAUGCAGUUUUAGCACUUUUGAUUUGUUUGUGUUCGGCCAUGGCAAGAAACGAAGAAAGGCUUCACAUAGUAAUGUUUCCAUGGCUAGCCUUUGGACACAUGAUCCCGAACCUCGAGCUAGCCAAGCUCAUUGCUGAAAAGGGUCAUCAUGUGAGCUUCGUAUCCACCCCACGAAACAUAGAGCGUCUCCCCAAAGUCUCACCAAACUUGGCCACACUCAUCAACUUCGUCAAGCUUCCGCUGCCUAAAGUCCCAAACCUUCCGGAAAACGCAGAGGCCACCACCGACGUCCCCUACGACGUCGUUCAAUACCUCAAGAAAGCCUACGAUGCUUUGGAAGAACCCUUCACCCGUUUUCUCGAAUCUUCCAACGCCGAUUGGCUCUUCUACGACUUCAUUCCCUUCUGGGCAGCUUCUGUGGCUUCCAAACUCGGUAUCGGAACCGUCUUCUUCAGCAUUUAUACGGUUCCCUUAAUGACUUUCAUGGGACCGGCUAUGUUUUUGACCGGCGCUGAGCCGUCGCCCCGGACUAAACUUGAAGACUAUACUGUUCCUCCGCUGUGGAUCCCGUUUCCCACCACUGUGGCGUUUCGCUACUACGAGGUCGUGAAAAUCGCCGACAGUCUCUCCGACAACGAGUCCGGCGUUGCAGACACGUACAGGUUGGGUCGUACUAUCCAGAACUGCGAUUUCGUCGCCAUAAGAGGCUGCACCCGAUUCGAACGACAAUGGUUCCAGGUGCUGGAAGAUAUCUACCAGAAACCUGUUAUCCCGGUGGGUCAACUCCCAAACACGGUGUCUAAGGAAGGUGAAGAGAAGGACACGUGGCAGUGGAUGAUAGAUUGGUUGGACAAGCAGGUAGAAGGCACAGUGGUGUACGUGGCAUUUGGAAGCGAAGCAAAACCGAGUCAAGAGGAAGUGACGGAAAUAGGUUUGGGUUUAGAAAAAUCGAAGCUUCCAUUUUUGUGGGUGCUAAAGCUUCAGCGAGGUCCUUGUGAUCCAGAAGUGUUGCGAUUGCCGGAAGGGUUUGAGGAACGAACAAGAGGGCGUGGAGUUGUGUGCAGCACGUGGGUGCCACAGUUGAAGAUAUUGGGGCACGUGGCUGUUGGUGGGUUCUUGACACACUCUGGUUGGUCCUCUGUUGUGGAGGCUGUUCAAAACGAGAAACCUAUGGUGCUGUUGACUUUUCUGGCAGAUCAAGGGAUAAACGCGAGGGUGUUGGAGGAGAAGAAAAUGGGGUAUUCUGUGCCCAGAGAUGAACACGAUGGAUCGUUCACCAGUGACUCUGUGGCUCACUCCCUCAGAUUGGUUAUGUUUGAAGAAGAAGGAAGGCCUUAUAGGGAGAAUAUUAAAGAUGUGAAGGACUUAUUUGUUAAUACAGAGAAUCAAGAAAGAUACAUUGAAAACUUGUUGAAUUUGCUUAGCGAGAGAAGAGCUCCAAACUUGAUGGCCUAAAAUAUGUUACGUUAAAUUAUUAUUUUGGUUCUAUUUUUUGUGAGAAAUAUAAAUUUGAUUUUUUCUUAA